CGUCACCCCCUCCUCGUCGGCGACUCGGCCAGAAAACCCAAAUCCACUUCACCACCAUAUCUCGCCGCCGUCCCUGUCGAUCCAGACCCCACCCCGUCACGUCCCCAUCACCUCACCACCGGAGUCCCCGCCGCUCAAUCGCCCCACCGCAGCCUGUGGCCUCGCCUUCCCGCGCGCCGUGCCGGGCUUGCUCUCCGCAGGUCAAAGAACCGGCUACCCUAACCCUAGCAUCCUCGGCUCGGCUGUAGAAGAGCACUGGGGGCGUGAGAGAGGGAGUCACCAGCCCUCGUGACCUCCUCCCGCUUCUACCUCGCCCCCGACGCUUGCGAAAAUGGGGAUCUACAGAAAUCCCACCUCACUCCUCUCAAACCCCUCCCUAUAUUUUUUUAGGCUUUGAGAAGAGAAGAAAGGCUGGAAUGCCAUCGCUUCAUUCUCCAAUUCACCAAUCUGGUAAUGUUUAAUUUCUUGUACUGUGUUAUUUCUGUCCAGUGCACAUUGUGUCGAGCGUCCCCCUCACAUAGUGGCUGGCACACGUUCUAGUAUCAUCAGUGCCGUCCAAAUUUGGUUACCUGGAUGAUUGUUGCUGUGAAUCUAUGGUAAAGGAUUUCUUGGGUCGCAAGUAGUCACAUUAGGUAUUUCACACUGCUUUAUUCAAACUGAAAAUGGUAUGUAGUUUGUUCAAAACUUUAUUUGCUAUAGAUGGCAUACCUCAGGAAGGUUUGCCCCCUUGUCGCAAGCAACAACAUCAGUUAUCAAUAGUAUUAAAAUGCAUUGAUAUUUUCCUAUUUUGUAGAGGUGGUGUUUCCUUCAGAAUUUUGUGUGAUUUUUUCAUGCAGAGAUGAGUAUUCUAGGGUAUUCAUCAUAUCGAGCAAUGAUUGCGCCAGAAAACUGCCAUAUUUGUUUCUUUCUACUGCUGAGCGUCUUGUACUGUGUCGUUUCUGCAUGUUACUUCUAUCCAUUCCAAUUUCGUUCACGUGUUCCGCUUAGUGAGUCGACAACCGUUGCUGUACUAUCAUUAGUGCGGAUUUGAUUCCUUAGAUGUCUGGUGUUAAACUGCUCGUCAUCUUAUGUUGAACGCCUGGAGAAUGAAUUGUUUGCUGCAGGAACAGCUAUUAGGCUGCACAGCAUAUAAUUUAAAACUUUAAUUAUUGUUGCUUAAAUAUUACAGAAGGAAGUAUGAGUCAAGAAUAUCUGGUAUUGGUACUUGUAAUUGUAGAAAAUAUUUCUUCAUUUGCAAGUAAUUUUAAUGUGAUUUUUAUGCAAGAAAUUACUCAAAUCUAAAUGUCAUCUCUCAUUUGAGCUUUUAAUUGCCAUGGCUUGAUAUGGCACACAAAGAUUGAAUCAUCAUUUUUUUCUAUAUAUGGCAAAAGCUAUUUACGUUACCAGUAAAAAAGGGUCUUGGUAUUGAGAAAUAAAUUCUACAAGACUAAUAAGACCUCCUAACCUUUUGGACCCUUGAUUAGACCUCCUAUAAAUCAUGAGACAUGGCGAAUAGGUGAAAUGAUUGAUUUAUUCUACCACGUGUCGUUAGAUUGAAAGGGCCGAAACUAAAUCUGAGUUUGUCCCAUAGGAUUCUUCUUCCCUUGGUUUCAGUCCUUGGUACGUCCAUUUUUGAGCCGUUACUCCUGCAAUUUCAGGUCUAUCCUAUAAAAUAAAUUUGAUAUCCAUUUUCUCAGGGGCUGAGCAGUGUUGGGGCCUCUGGGGUGCCUCACGUCACUAUAACCAUGCUGGCUUUAUUGAAAAUUGGGAUACUAUGAGUUUUUUUUUCCAAGCCUUGUUGAUUUGCAGACUGCAAGCAGUGCCUAGACACCAAAGGCAGCCUUGCAGUUUUUUUAUCUUGUGGUUACAGGAUGCAACCUCGCAAGCAUCAAUGGAGAGGCAGGUUGGACUGGUAUGCUGUGUGGAUAGCAGUGUAAAUAAACAGCACCAAAUUUUCAUGUUUCUAGCGAGUGAGAAGUUUAAAUACAUCUUCAAUUUAACUAAAGAAUACAGAUAACGCUUUAAUACUUCAAUUGGUUUUUCUGUUGAUUUUUAAAUUCUAGAGGUUGGCAAAUGGUAAUGCUUACAUACUUUACAGCACUAUCAGAGAGUGAUAACCCAAACCACUUUCACCCGAACACUGUCAUAUUCCUGUUUGAUCCCCAUCAACUUGUUUUCGGGACAGGCUUCAACAGCUAACUGUGGAGCUGAUAUGUCUGCUACAGAUCUUUUCUUAGGAGAACAGAAUCAUAGGGACACUACAGAUCUUCAUUUUUUAAGGAACCAACUUAACUAGACUUUUUAUUUUAUACUGUUGUAUGCUUUAUUCAGUUGAUGUUCGUUGUGCAUUUAGUACAUCUGUGUUGUGAGUGCUGGUGAUGCUGUUCUACUAAUAUUCCAUUAUUAUUUCACCAACUUGUUCUAGAAUCCUUACUCUGUCACUAAUUUUCUGUCACAAAUUCUUGAACUGUGUUUUCUAUUUGAGAGACAUUUAUUUAUUAUCUUAUACAGGGCCAUCUUCUACGACUGAGAUAUCAAUAUGAAGGGACGGCUGCAAUUGUAUACAUAUUAGAGUUAGUUUUCUUUUUCUAUAUUUGUUAGGAGUUAGAAGCAAGGCUUCUCAUGGCAUCACCACAAGAAUCCAAUUCUGUGUGCUUGAAGCGGAAACUUGUUGAUGACUGCCUGUCAAAAGACUGCAAAUCUCGCCGUGUGAAAUCUGAAAAUGGGCCCUCGUUUGAUCCAUCUGCUAAACGCUGCAACUGUUGUUGCACGCGACCUAACCUUGCCAAUGAUUGUGUCAAUUUCCUGAAGAGUGGAGCGCCUAGCCGUAUCAUGUAUUACAAACAAGGUUCUUGGCACAAUUUUCCUGAGCAAAUAAUGAAGUCCCUCAUUGAAGAAUUCAGAGGCAAUAAAUCGAGUGUUGUAUCUGUGAUGGACGAUGAGCCCAUUCUUGUUGAUUUCCUGUCGAUGACCCUGGUGAACCUAAAAACCAGAAAGCAGCGGUCUGUUGCUUGGUUUGAUGACACUGGCAAGCGUUUCUUUCCUUCUCUGUUCUUUGAUGAGGAAAGUGAUGAAAUGACCAAAGGUGAUUCUGGUAACGUUGACAGCACUGCACAGGGAAUAAUGGUAGACAAGGCUGCAACUUCUCCACCGGAAGUGGUCAAGCAAGUUGUUCUUGAAUCUAACCCUCCAGUUCCUGAUAAACCUUCGACUGUUGACGUAUUGCGGAAGAAGAUCACAUCUGUGGAAAGAGGCAGUGAAAGCUUUCUAUUUGUCCAGGACCUUUUCCUCUCAGGCAUGGAUCCAUUUGCAACACCAAGUAACAUUCUUCAUAUCCACCGCUACUCUCCGAAUGAUAUCACUGCACAGUGUAGAUUUGAAGCUUUUGAAAGACAGAUGAAGUCAACUAAAGAAGCACGUGGUGAUGCAAAUGUAAGGUAUGGAUGGCUAGGAUCUAGGAAGAAUGACAUAGUUAGGAUUCUUAUUAAUGGUUUGGGUACCACUGCAAAUCCUGUUGAGAAAGCAGGUUUGAGUGCUGGUGUAUAUCUUUCACCAGAAAACCGAGCCUUUACCAGUGUUGGUCUUUGUGAUGUUGAUGAAAAAGGAGUGCAGUAUAUGUUGCUGUGCCGUAUGAUAUUGGGAAACAUGGAAGCUGUUGAACCUGGAUCACAAGAGUCUUUUCCAAGCAGUGAGAUAUAUGAUUCUGGUGUUGAUGAUUGUUCAAACCCAAAGUGUUAUGUGAUGUGGCCAUCACAUCUAAGCACUCACAUCCGUUUAGAAUAUCUUGUUAGUUUCAAGCUUGUCCCAAAAGUUCGACAUUAUUUGCUUGACUUGAAGGGUUUAUGGUUUAACCCAUCACCGAAGGAAGUUGCAAUGGAUAUUUCUACCCUUCAACCUGUAAUGUCUGAAACAGGUGAAGGACCAAAUUCUCCAUGGAUAUCAUUCAGUGUUUUGUUUGGAGUGAUUCAGGGCAAUAUAUCAUCUGUAGCAAAGGAGCUUCUCUUCCAUCACUAUGAAGAGCUGAAGGAAGGCAUAAUUUCUCGUGAAGAAAUGGUGAAGAAAAUGAUAAUAAUAGUUGGAGAAAAAAUACUUUUGGAGGCCUUGAAGAAACUUCAUUACUGUCCAUCAUUAUGGUACAAGCCUUCUGUUGAAACUGUCUCUAGUGAUCCCGUAAUGGCAGCACCAGAACAAUCCUUGGACAAGUCAGAUAUGGUGUCCAAAGGCCAUGAUUGUCUGGCAGCAAGUGGUGUGCCAGAAAAAUCUAGUUCUACCAGUGCCAUAAGUGGGGGUUCUGCAAGUGUGGAGGCCAAAGGCAGAGAUUCUCCUAUGCAAAUCAUGCCACCUGGAAACCUGGCAACCCCGUGUGCCAAAAGCCAAGAUUCUUUUGUGGGAAGAGUGGCACCUAUAGUUCAUGAUGGCCUUUUGAGGACGAUUUCCGGAAACUCUGCAUCUCCUGGUCGGGAAGUUUGCAAAUCUGCGACACCAAACGCAGGGUGUUCUGGUUAUGCUUCUCUAGCACAAACUAAUGCUUCGAAACCCCAUGGAGUUUCUGCUCCAGGUCUCACUCCUAAGGGCUAUGAAUCUGUUGUACCAAGCUUGGCACUUGGAAAUUCUAAAAGCGCAGGCGUGAAACGUCUGAAUUCGGCACCAAAAAUGACACCUGAAGGCCAGGAAUUCCUUUCACUGGGUAUUCGAUCACCAAGCCCAGCACCUCAUUUAGUAAAACUCCAGGCCAUUUCAGCAUCGGUUGCCAUACCUCCAGUUCAUGUUCCAAGCCUCAGGAAAUCACUACCAAUGAGCACCGAGGGCCGUGAUUCUCGGGGGCUGCCUAUCACGCCAAAUGGCAAUGGUGGCUCAGCAUUUAGUAAAGCGCCAAAGCGCCAUGAAUCUCCGAUAGCUGAUACGAUCACAAAGGGCCAUGAUUCUCUAGCACUGGGUAUCUUGCCAAAAGGCAAUGGUGUUCCAGCAUCAAGUAAAGUGCCAAAGCGCCAUGAAUCUGCUAUAGCUGAUACAAGCACCAAGGGCCAUGAUUCUAUAGCACUGAGUAUCACGUCAAAAGGCCAUGACGGUGCAGGAUCAAGUAAAACGCCAAAGCAGCCAGCUGAUACGCUGCCAGAAAGCGGUCACUCUCAAGGCCAGGAUGUGGCCAGUAAGGUCCAUAAAGCCCCCAAACCAAUAACAGGGGAGCUGAAAAAAGAGCAGGCUGCAGUACCCGCCGCCCAGGAUUAUCCAUCUGGGCCGAGCCUUGAUGCUAGCAGCCAUGUUACUGGGGCAGCCAGUGCCCUUGUCGCCCUAUCAACUCUGCGAGAGAAGGGUGGGCUCUAAGAGCAGCACGCAGAAGCAGCGAUUAAAAAUCGCGUUGUCCCUCCGGAUCAGAUCCUUGUUAUGCACAUGUGAUGUUCCCUGUUUCCAUGCACAUGUGGUUGUAGCUCUGGUUCAGACCGGUGGGAAUGUAUGGAUUAGUUUAUCUCCUAGGACAGGAAUCACCCCGUCAACUCUGAACAUAUAACUCUGCUUCAUCCGUGGUAGUAUGGUUGCUUCUGGUGCUA